AUGGCAACAAAGGGCAGCUGUGCGUGCGGCGACAUUGAGUUUCAGUUCCCGGGGGAGCCGGCGGCCACGGCGCUGUGUCACUGCACUGAUUGCCAAAAGUGGACCGGCGGCGCGUUUACGUCCAACGCCGUGGUGCCCCGGGCCUCGUUCCGGGUCACGAAGGGCACCCCCAAGGCAUGGGACGCCGUCGGCGGCUCGGGCAAGCUCAACCGGCACUUCUUCUGCGGCCGCUGCGGCUCGGGCCUGUACACGGAGCUCGAGGUGAUGCCGGAGCAGACGUGCGUCAAGGCGGGCGCCCUCGACGGCGGCGCCGCGGGGCUGGGCGGCCGCGUCGACGUCGAGUUCUACACAAAGGACCGCGUCGCGUACCUCGGGCCCUGCGGCGAGGGCGCGCGCCAGGAGCCUGCGUUUGGGUCUUGA